AAAUAGGAGAAGAGGGAGAGUGAUUCUAGGCAACGGAUGAAUUCUAUCAUCUCAAGGGUUUGAUCGAUCAGGAAGGCUUAAAAGCAAGCACAAUGUUGGCUAGAAAUAUACUGACAGAGGAAGAAACAAGAGUGGAUCCUGAAUUGGGUUACCCCAGAGGAUAUGCCAAGCUCUGCAGGAAUGCCCAUCUUCAUAUGCAGGGCCUCAUCACACCAUACACUGAGGGGCCUCCUCAGAGAUUUUUACCAUAUGCAUUACAACCUGAAGAUAUUGCCAAGGUGAAGGAGUUCAAUGAGCUAUUCCCAAUCAUUGAAUCAGAAGAAAGAGACCCAUCGAGCGCUAGAAGAUUUGCAGAUUCUCUUUGGCAGCAACUUGAUCAUUUGGGAAAUGCAGGAUUUGAUCCUGCUAUGUUCAGAAUAGAUCCUUAUGGAAAUGUUCUGUACAAAAAUGCAGACCCUGCUUCCCCACUUGCUUGGGAGGUUGAUCACUGGUUUCCUCAUUCAAGAGGAGGCAAAACAGUUAUCAGCAAUCUGAGGUUGGUCCAAUGGCAAGUGAAUCAAAGGAAGCAAAAUAAACUGGAAUUCCUCGUGCCAUGGUGGGAUCUGCAGCUUGGAGUCUCAGUUAAUCAGUUUUUAUUGAUAUUUCUGUCAAAAAAUUCAGACUUCAGGCAGAGAGCAUUUUCUUUGCUCUUUUUUGCAGGAGAGAAUGAACCAUUCACUGAACUUCUGGUGGCAGAUUGUCAUUCCUGGCCUCAGCAUUUUCGUGAGAGGAAGAGUCAAAUUGGACUUGCUCCAGCUGCUAUAGUUAGGAUACACAAACAGACAAAUGAUACCUUGAAGCCUCAAAAUGGUACCCCGGGUAGAAGAAGAUGGACAGUAGAAGAAGAGGAUGCUCUUCGUCAAGCAGUUCGAAGAUUUGGACCUGGUAACUGGAAAGAAAUAAAAGAAAAUGAACCCUUGUUUAGGAACAGAUCUACAGUACAAAUCAAAGACAAGUAUCGACUAGUAAAAGAAGACUGGGAGCUAGAGAAGGAGAACAAAAGAGGAUAUUUGUCUGGUAAGGAAUUGAUUUUGUCCACAGCAAUUCAGAAAGAAUCCAGGUUGAAGAAGCUGAGAGAGGACGAGAUUCAAAGAAAAGCAGAAGAAAUAUCAGAACUGAACAAAGAGCUGAAAGAAUUGCAACAGCAAAAUGAGGCAGAAGGUCUUGUCUUGGAAGAUCUUGAAUCCAUAUUGAUAAAGCACAGGAGAAGAUUGGAGAAACAGAGAAGAUGGUCUGAAGCACAAUCCUCGUAUAGAAUUUGUUUGGAGAAUAUGAUAAGAGAUACUAUGCACCAGAGUAUUGUGUAUAAAGAACAAGGAAGGUUGAACCAAGCAGCCUGCAAUGCACUCAUGGCAAGACUGGAAACACAGAAGGCUGCCUGUGAUGCUUCUGAGAUGGACCUUUUGAAGAGAUUGAAGCUGAGAGAAGAUCUGGAGAGACUCCUCCCUCAUUCAGAACAGGUUGGGAUAAAGCUUCAUGAGGAUGGCACUGCAAAUUGCCCCCCAAAAGAUAUCAGCCUGAGGUUGGAGGAAUCACAGACAUGCUUGCACCUAGAUACUCAAUGUUCUGAUUCUGUCAUCAUAGCUGCAGAGGGCAUGAAGGAGGAUUCUGAUAAAUAUGGGACCACAGAAACAUCACUCCCUCAUUUUGAGAGUAAGGAAGAAUGUCCCAAAAUCUUGCAGGACUUGAGAUUAUCUCCAGAAGAAAAACAAUUAGAGGAUAAAUCUAAUAUGUCUUUAACUACUCAAAAAGACCAGUAUAAGACAGAUAUGGAUACACCUAAGGUAGAAGUACUACCAACUAUAUCCUUAAGAAACCCUGCCAUGACAGGAGCAACAAAGGAGAAACAGAGGCUUUCAGAAGCAGAGCAGAGUGACUUAGAUGUUUUGUUUGUUGGAUAUGAGUAUGAAGGAACUAAAGCUAGAGGGAGAGAAGAAGAAUCUGUGGGAGAGAAUAUGACCUUUGUCACAUCAUCGGAAUUCAAGCACUCCAAUUUUGAAGGUUGGUCAAAAGGGGACUGUGCAUCAAGAAUAGGAGAGAAUGAUGACUUGAAUAAACAUUACAUGUUAGCAGAAGAAGAUCGAGAAUGUAAACCUGUGGAAGAUAGCAAACUAGAUGCCAUGUUGGAUGAUGGAUUAGAAAUGCAAGGACAAACAAAGACAGCCAUACCAGAUGCAGUUGCAGAAAAAGGAAAGGAAGAAGAUGAAGCUAUUAUAAUGAAUGGCAAAUCCAAUGUAGACAAAUGGCUGCAAAUGUUGCUUUUGAAUCCUCAGUCAAAAGAGAACUUACAGACAGAGAAUAACAACCUUCCACAAAUACAAUCAAACUCCAAUGCAACGCAAGUUUGUGAGACCAACAAUAUUUUGGAAGGACAAACGAUGAAUCUCAGGUUUAGAGAACAACCACCCAUUAACAGAAAGACUCCCAUCUCUGGAGGAUCGGAGAAGAAAGAAUAUGAAAUACAUCAAAAUCCAAGAUUAGCUAGUGCAAGUGGUCUUAUGGUAACAGGAACUUCACAGCUUUCAUGCAGUGAAAAUCAAGUAAAUGAGAGUUUAGACCUUAUAGAAAAGUUUAAGUUCCUCCAAUUGGAUUGUGAUGAUCAGAAAAAACCACGAAGUAAUCUAGAUAAUGCACCUAGUGCAGGUUUGGAGUUACCGCUGCAAGGAAAUGGCAAAUCCAAUAUAGAAAAUUCAACGGCUUUUGUACAACCACUAGCAGUGAGAGAUAGUGAAGGUGCAAUUUUAGAUAGUGGAACAGAAGUUCAGUAUGAGAAGAUGAAGCAUAAUAAUUUUAAUCAACUGAAAGAUGUUCAAAUUGGAACCGAAAUGCCUCUGAAGGACAAUCCUGGAUACACAUCAGAAAUUAGAGAACCAGAAGGAAUGAUUACAAGAAGCGACGAUAAUGAAAAUUCAAUGAACUUCAAAGGCCAAGAAUCCAGAUUAAAGAGAAGUGAGAGCAUUGGAUAUUUGUCCAAUGCAUAUUCUACUACUUCAUUGGGGGGUACGCAGUGCAAAGAAGGACAAUCCAAAGGAAGGAAUGAAGAAGAGGGUAAAUUUAAAGCAGCCAAAUUUACAGAGGAAGAUGGUCAGCAGGGACUGGCACUACUAAAGAAUGGAUUGACUGCAUCCAUAAAGACUUGUACACACAUGUGGAAAAAAGCUGUUAAAAGAUUAGAGGGCACAGCAGUUGGAACAGGUCAGAACAGAAGUGAUUAAUUCCACCUAGGCAUUCUGCAUUCUACUUAAUUCUGUAGGAAUAAGACUGAUCAGCUCAACUGAUCAAGAAUUUCCUUUUGCUUGUUUUCUUUCAACUCGUAGUUCAUUCAUCAAUGAAAAAUCCUUUAUGGUUCUAAAGUAUAUAAGGUUAUUUGCAGAGGAGUCUCAGCAUUAAUCAGCCUACAACUGAUUAACUCAUUUCAACUAUUUUGCAAUGUAAUCAUAUUUCGUAUAUACUUGUAAAAAUAUGUAUAUUAUUUAACAGUAUAUUGAUUAUAAAAAAACUUUAAUUUUCCAUUGCA